UUGUUUAUGUCUCUGCGCUCCUUUGCUCUGGUCUGUCUGCUUGUUGUCCGCGCCCGAGCUGCGACUAGCACAACAGAGCUCAUCGAUUGGUCUGGUCUGGUGACUGAAGCGCUGCUCCGAACCGCAGUCCACAGCGCGGGGUCCCACCCGUCCGUCCCUCUGUCCGUCCGUGCGGCCGCGCCAGGCUCGUCGAGGCGCCAGCGGAGUCGCGAAGUGAGACUUGGUGAGUGUGCGAUGCUCAGGCGAGGGGUUUGGGAGUGAGGCGAUGGGCUGCACCUCAGCCAAGCAGGUGUCGGCUGUGCCCAGCGAUGAGGAGGGCCGGGGCAAGGCCUACAGCAACGGAGACCUCCUCACUGAUGAGUACAAGAUGAAGGCCGUGGAGGAGGUGAAGUACAUGCGUGCCGGAGACGAGGACAGAGUCAACGCUCGUAACCAGGAAAACCUGGAGAAGAGCGCCAUGUCAUACAGGGGCAGGCAGCACAAGGAGGUCCCGGGCACCAAUGCCAACAGGACAAAUAUCCACACGUCAGAGAGCCAGCAGGAGUUUUUCAGGAUGCUCGAUGAGAAGAUUGAGAAGGGACGGGACUACUGCUCCGAGGAGGAGGACGUGACAUAGCCCUGUGGCCCCCACCCUCUCCCCCCAGCUCUGUCCCGGGGGGUCUGAGAGAGUGCCUGAGAGCGCGAGUGUGAGAAGCCAUGCGACUCCAUGUAUAUGCGUGCGUGCGUGCGUGCAUGUGUGCUAUCCUCAAAGACUGAAGACUGGCCCCCAUCCUGCCCUGGUCCCCUUCUUCAAGCAAACUGCCUGGCCCCCUCUCUGCUUGGAAACAGCUUCUCUGGAGGGACAGAGUUUGGGAUGGGAGGGACACAGGAACAUCCAGUUGCCAAGUCUGAGCCUCCCAAUCCCUGCUGAACCAGGGUGGAGAUCUGAACCGGUCCUCUUCUCCUGCACAGACUGACACACCACUGGCCACGCUGGAGCAGAAGGUGC